AUCACUACGCUUGAUUGUAUCAAGAGUUUUUGGCAGGUACUCGUACGUGUUCCUGAUCGCCGAUAUCUCGCGUUCAUCACACCGAUUGGUCACUACCAAUACAAGCGCCUACCAUUUGGAUUCAUCACUGCCAGCAGCAUAUUCCAAGGAUUCAUCCAGCAGGUCCUCCAUGAUCUACCCCACACGUUUGCAUACAUCGACGACAUCGUCAUCGCUACGUAUUCCACCUGGGAAGCUCAUGCAGAUCACGUUCGCGCCGUGCUUCAACGCUGUCGCGAGCAUCAGGUCUUCCUUAAGAGAGAGAAAGCUCAAUUCUUUCGCACUAGUGUUGACUUCUUAGGUCACCGUGUCUCCGCCGACGGCGUGACGACCCAACACUCCAAGACGGCGGCUAUCUCCGCGUGGCCGCUACCGACGACUACUAAACAAGUCAAGAUGUUUCUUGGACUAGCUUCCUAUUAUCGAAAGUUCAUCCGCAACUUCUCGACAAUAGCAGCCCCUCUGACUGACCUUCUCCGCAAGGGCGCUCAGUUUCAGUGGACUGCAGCAUGUCAAAGCGCGUUCGACAACCUCAAGCAAGCUCUGACGUCUCAGCCCCUCCUGCAUCACUUCGACCCGUCCCUUCCGACCGAAGUGCACUGCGACGCGUCCAAUGUCGGGAUAGGAGGCGUACUUCUACAGCAGCCUCCCAACGCCCCCGCCCGCGUCAUCGGAUUCUACAGUCGUAAGUUGACUCCGACCGAACAACGCUAUCACGCGACCGAACGGGAGUUACUCGCAAUCAAGGAUACCAUCCUUUUCUUCAAGUUCUACUUGAUAGGGACUCCAUUCAAGGUCUUUACUGAUCAUCAAGCUCUUACGUAUUUCCAGACACAGAAAGACAUCAACAGCAGAUUGAUUCGUUGGCUUCAAACGCUCAGCGAGUUUGCAAUCACCGAGUACUGUUACGUCAAAGGUUCUCAGAACGUCGUCCCCGACGCUCUCAGCCGUCAAGAUGAAGUUCCCCUCUCGACUGCAGUCGCUCCUCAUCACGAGCAACUCUCUCGUCAAGAGGACGGCUUCUUGCUCGCCUUCACCUCUUCCGUAACUUCUUUUCAUCUGGAUGAUGAGCUUCUGUUUUAUACAGAUUCGUUGCGCCGCAUCCGCCUGUGCAUUCCGCAAGCAUUGCGUCGAGAAGUUCUCUUCCGCGCCCACGACCUUCAGUCCCACCUCGGGUUUUCAAGAACCUACCUUCAGCUAGCAGCAACUGUUUAUUGGCCCCAGCUUCGGAAAGAUACCGAGCUUUACAUCCUGUCAUGCCAGCAUUGUCUUCAAGGGAAAUCUUAUCGACAACGACCAAUGGGUACUCCUCAUUCCCACGCCGUUCCCUCGACACGCUUCGAAGUCGUCAGUCUCGACUUGCUGACCGGACUCCCACGAACUCGAGAUAAGAACGAUGCAAUUCUUCUCUUCAUUGACGAGUUCACAGGGCGAGUUUAUCUCACCCCUUGCCGUAAAUCGAUUACUUCUGAACAAGCUGCUCAAAAAUUCAUCGAAACCGUAUUUCGAUCCCAAGGCCUUCCUCAAGUCCUUAUCAGCGACAACGCUGCCAUCUUUUCGUCCAGAUUCUGGAACGCGCUCUUCAAGAUGCUCAACGUUCACGUGAAGCAUUCGUCGCCUUUUAUGCCUCAAAGCAACGGUCGACCCGAGCGUAUGAACUCCGUCGUCCUCGAAGCUCUGCGUAUCUACACCACGCAGUAUCCUCGAGCCGAUUGGGAUAGGUACCUCCCCAUCCUGGAGACUCACCUAAACUCAGCUGUUCGCCGUCCCAUCGGUGCCAGCCCUUUCGAAGUCAUGUUCGGCAAACCUAUCAGGACACAACUCUCUCUGCCCUCACCUGACGAUCAUCAGGACGAGACCCUCGAC